AUGGGGGCAAAGGUUUCUUUUUGGGGUCGCGGGUCAGUUGGGCAGAUUACGUGGCGUGGACCCGUUCGGCAUCGUGUGACGCGGGGCCGUACGCGCGGACACGCAGCUGGCUGCGUGUCCCGCGCGGCGCUCGAGCAGCCCCCUGCGCGCGCGGACGCGCGCGCCGGGCGCGCGGGACAGCGCCUAUUUAUUGCUGGGGGGCGGCCCGCGCGGGCGGCGCGCGGGCCAAGGAUGAACGCAGCACCACCCCCUCGCAAGUUCCGGACAGACGACGCCGGCACGUUCGGACAGUACACCGCGCGCGAACGCUGGCCGCGGAUCCUGCAGAACUGCCUCGAGGACCUGGCCGCGGAGCACGCGGAGGGCGCGGCGGCCGCGCAGCUGCGCGAGCUGACGGCGCAGGUCGCAGCGCUCAAGGCGGACGUGGAGGCGGACCGGGCGCUGGAGUUUUUUUCGGCGGCGGAGGAAAGGAGCGCGCACGUGCCCGCGUCGUUCAACUCGGCGCUGGCGAGCAGCGGCUCGCGGUCGUGGCUGGCGGCGGAGUGGCUCACGUGCGAGAUCUACCUGUACAGGCGGCUGGACGUGCUGGUGCGCGCGCAGCCGGCGUGGCGCGAGCACGACGUGUUCGAGCGCGUGAAACGCGAGACGUUCCGGCAGUCGGGACGCGGCGUGGUGGAGCUGGCGCAGUGGUUCUGCGGGGCGGCGACGCAGCUGGCGCGCUCGCGCGACGCUCUGGAGCCGCUGUUCCGCGAGUUCGUGGACAUUUCGCUGUGGGGGAACGCGACGGACCUGUCGCUGCUGACGAACGUGACGGCGGCGGAGAUCGAGUCGUUGCAGGGCGCGCAGGCGCGGGCGGCCGCGGAGGCGCGCGUGCUGGUGAACGACACGGCGGCGGCGUGGGCGGGGCUGAGUGCGGGGCCGCCCGGGCGCGUGGACUUUGUGCUGGACAACUCGGGGUUUGAGCUGUACGCGGACCUGCUGUUCGCGCUGUUUCUGCUGGACGCGGGGCUAGCCGCCGAGGUGGUGUUCCACACGAAAGACAUCCCGUACAUGGUCAGCGACACGAUGGAUAAGGACGUGGAGCAGCUACUGGCGGACCUGGAGGACGGCGCGUUCUUCGCGGUGGGCGCAGCGGAGCGCGAGGCGCUGGAUGAGGUGGCGACGCGGGUGCGCGCGGCGCUGGCGGCGGGGCGGCUGCGGCUGCGCGCAGACUCGUUCUGGACGGAGCCGCAGGACUUCUGGGAGCUGGUGCCGGGGCACGCAGUGUUUGAGGAGCUGCGGCAGGCGCGGUUGGUGGUGUUCAAGGGCGACCUGAACUACCGGAAGCUGACGGGUGACCGGCGGUGGCCGCGCGAGACGCCGUGGGCGACGGCGCUCGGGCCGCUGGCGCGGCACGGGCUGCGCGUGCUGAGCCUGCGCACGUGCAAGGCGGACGUGGUGGUCGGGCUGCCCGCGGGCGUCGACGAGCGGCUGUGCGCGGAGUGGGAGCGCGAGGGCCACGAGCACGGGUCCUGGUGGGCGACCUGCGGCCGCUGGGCCGUGGUGAGCUACUGCGAUGGUAAAUAUUGA